AUGCUGACUAAUAAUUCAAUCUAAUUAAAUAAUAUCUUGAUUGAUAGCUUAAUCUCUGUUGAAACGUAGAGUAUUUAAUAUUCAGAAUAAUUAAUUCAUUGCUGUUAGAAAAAAGUUGACUUUCAUCAAAUAUGCUUGAGUAAUAGGAGAAAAAGUGACAUAUAAAAGUAAGCAAAUGAAAUAGUUGAAUUAUUUGAAAAUACAAUUUUCUAAAUUGAAGAUUCCUACAAAAAAUAUCCUUUAAUAAGAUACUAAAGAUGUCUGUCUUUUGGCUAUGCUGAAUUAUGCAACGACAUCUUGCUUGCAAUAAGAAUAAUGAAUUAAUCUUCAUUUCCAGAUGAAUUUAUAUAUAAUAAAAUCUUAACUUUAAACUCAGAUUUUUUAUCCUAUAAAUCAAUCUAUUUAAUCACUAACUUAGAGAAUUAAAACGUUAUUAAAGUAUCUUCGAAUUUUCAUGAAAAAAUUAAAGAUAAUAUUUAAAAUAUUAUGGAAAUUGUUCCUAAAGGUAUUUAAGAACAUCAUUAAGAAAUGGUUUAAUAAUUCAUAAAAACAGGAAAAUCUAAUUUUUUCUAAAAAGCCACUUAAACUAUUUAUUAGGAUAAUUUAAUAAUAAAGCCUAUGAUUUUAAUGAAUGAUGUGAUUAUUUAAGAUAAUAGUUUUCAUGCAAUAUCAAUUGGAACUCUUUUAGAUGAAGAAUAAAUAAUAUUGAUUAUUAAUGAUAAAUCUAAAGUAAGUAGCUUCAGUUAAGGAUUCUUGGAUUAAAUUAGUUUAGAAUUUAAAGAUUCUCCCUAAAUUCUAGGAGUUGAUAUAGAAUUAAUUAUUCCACAGUUUACGAAUAUUUCUUAGAUAUCAUAACCAUAAUAUAUUGAAAUUAAAUUACCAAACUUUUGCUUACUUUAAACUUAAUAAGUCUUUAAUGGUAAAGAAAGCCAUAAAUAAUCUCAUCCUUUUAUCCAUAAAGAUAUCUGGUAGGAUAUAUCACGAUUGAAUACAUUUAUAUCAUUAUGUAUAAUUGAAAAAUCUGCAUAUAAUUAUUAUAAGAUAAGAUUCAGUUAUAUAAAAUGUAUAAAUAAAACCAUAAUAUUUCCUAAUUCAAUGAGAACCCAAUAAAAACUAUCAAUCAAUUGUUUUGAAGAGGUCGAAGAAUAAGUAAACAUAGCUGUUCCAUAUGAUCAAAUAGAUUAAGAGUGUAAUUUCGGUUAAAAAUAAGAUAUGUUAAAUACUGUUAGAUAUGAAUAGACAUUGACUUUGAUAAAAUAUGAUGAUACAAAAACAGAUGGAAACAAAAAGAUAGUAUAAUCAACAUAGAAAUAUGAGGAAAACUCUAUUGAUAGAGAUAUGAAUUAAAUUGCAAAAAGUUCAACUUUUAAUAAUGGAAAAAUCAAAUAGAAUUAUGAAAUGAAAUUUUAUUAGAAAUAUUCUUUAUUCGAAAAAAUAAGACAUAAAAAUAACCUAGUUCAAACUGAAAAAAUGUUAAUAGUGGUGCUAACAUUACAUCAACUUUUAUUUUUUCUUUAAAUCUUAUUAACUUUUAUUGAUUGUAUAAAUUUACUAAAUUUCAACUUAAAUGAAUUAGAAUUAUUAAAAAUAAAAUAUGAUUUAUUCUAACCAGUUGAAACAUUUAUUGUUACUAGAUAUACAAUUAUCAAUUAUAAUAAUCAAUUUGCAGCAAAAUAACUCACCAAACCUUAAUUAGACUUUUAUUUAAAAUUUCCAAAUUCUAAUUUAAAUCUAGGAUUUGAUGAUGUAUAUUAAAAUUAAGAAGCUAUUCUUAAUAAAUUAGAAUUACAAUCAUUUCUAUCUGAAGUUUAUGAAAUUUAUAUUUAUGUAAAAACAGAUAUUGGUGAGUUGUACAAUAUAACUAUGAGAUAAGCCCUAAGCAUAUUAAUAAACUAUUAAUAUACAUUUAAAGCAGCAUAUGUCUAUGAUGGUAGAACAGUUACAGAUUCUCCUUAUAUUUUUUAUUCAUAUCGUAACUUACUAACUUUAUACAAUUCAUUUGAUUUAUUAAAUAAGAAUUUAUACUCUUAAGCAAUACUUAGAAUAUCAGAUGAUUUUGAAAAAGAACUAUUUUUAUUCUAUCCUUUUCUUAUUUAAUUCAUUCUUAUUUUUGGAAUUGAAUUGUAUUAUGAUUUAAAAAAUAAUAAGAUUUUAGGCAAAUUUGUUUAUUUAAUUCUCUAUAGUCAUUCAGUACUCAUUUUAUAAGAAAUAAGAAAAUUGACAUGUUAUAUUGAUUAUUACAUUAAUAAUCCUGAAAAAUUAUUUAAAUAUAAAUUUAAUAUUGAAGAAAAAGAAAAGGAAUUAUAAGAUACUUAAUAACUUAAUUAAGAAAUUAUUUAAUAAAAAAAAUAAUUAAUCAUUAGGAAAUCAUACUUUAAGAAAUGGCAUAUCAUAACUUUACUUCUUUAAUUAUUUUUUAUAAUAACAUUUGGGAUUAUCAAACUAAAUCUCACAUCUACUUACCUUACUAAAUACGAAAAAACAUGUUAAUUUACAUUAGAAAUAUCGCAUCUUGGGACUAAUAUUCCUACAAUUUAUGCUAUGAGAGAAGUUCUAUACUAUAGAUGGAGAUAUCCUUUUUAUAAAGAAAAAGAAUUAUCUGAAAUUUUAUAAUAAAUCCAAGAUUGCUUAGAAUAAGUGCAUAAUGUUACAAAUGAUAUCUCAUAAUUAAGGAUGUAUAUAAUGAUUUUAAUAUAGAAAUGAUUAUUUGCUAAGUGACUCAUUCGGUUAAUAUCUACAAGAACUUUAUUAAACUAGCUUAUGUGAAUUACUUCCAGGGGAUUUAAAAGAGAGAAGCGAAUAAUUAUGCUAAACUACACUAGGAGGUAGUUUACGUAAAGGAUUAUAUAGUGCUUUAGUUUACAUUUACACAAGUAUAUAAAAUGAGAUGCAAAUUAAUUAUUUUUUAAAUAAAACUGAGAAUACUGUGAAUGAAUUAGAGGGAGUUUUUAUGGUUAGUUAAAUUAUUAAAUAAAUCAACUCAAAAAUGUGGCUGGAUAUUGUCAAUUAAACGGAAUAUCUUUAACAAAAUAUAUCUGUAAGAAAAUGAUUUAUCUUAGAUAAUAUCUUUUAUUUACAUUAUCGUUGUGAUAAUUAAUCUCAUAGCUAUAUUUAUUUUAAUAAAUAACAAAUUACAAAGACAAUAUUAUUUGUCAAAAAGAUAUUUAUAUUUGGUACCAUAAGCAAUCUUAUUUGGAAAUGAUUAAUUUGAAAGGUUAGCAAAAGGAUUACUUUAAAUGAACUGA